AAAGAGGGUGGAGUACUAGACGAGGAAUGCGUCCCGUCGUCGAGGUAGCCAAUUGAGUAAUCGCGGGCGGGCGGGGUACUUUUUCAUAAAUGAAACCGUCAUUCCGAUACCUGCAAUGGAAGACGCAUACGGACACAAUUCGGUUACUGUUGAUUGGUGUAAGGAUAUUCCACCCUCUAAUCCUCGCCCUUGACAGAAACACUUAUACUUCUUGUUCCUGCGUGUGGUUUCGUCACUAUAGUCUUGAUGUUUCGAAUGGUAGUAACAAAAAUGGAACGGAACUUAAAUGUCAAUUUAUGCAUCUUUUUGAUCAUCUCAUGUGUGGACUCCUGCUUUAUCCCCGGAUCCAUACAAGCAGCAGUACCUCAGACAGUACCAGUUGGGCAUGUUAUUUCAAAAGUUGAUGUCGACAACUGUGACACCAAGACCUUGCAUUUUACCUCUUGUGACCCGGACUUCACAGUACAGGCAGAUGGAACUAUAGUAACAGUCCACAUCACUAUGGUACCAGCCAAUGGCAGGACAUUCUCAGUGCAGUUUCAGGACCCCAAUGGUCAGAAGAAAAACAUGGAUGUUUACCUUGUCCAGAACUCUAGAAAAGUAUUGAAAGAGGGUCUACUAAAGCGCUCCAAAAGACGUUGGAGCCCUCUGCCCUUCAACAUCAUAGAAAACGACGUCCCUCCAUUUCCAAAGGAAGUUGAUCUGGUUGCAUCUGAUUCUUCUGCCGCAUACAGGGUGUACUACACCCUCAGUGGGCCUGGUGUGACAGAGGACCCUGUGGGUGUGUUUAGUGUGGUAAAGGAAACUGGGAUGCUGAAGGUCCACAGAGCUGUUGACCGCGAGGUUACCCCUCAGUUUAUAUUUCAAGCCAGAGUGUUUGACAGAUACACCAACCAGGAGACAGACUUACCAUUACCCAUCACAGUGAAUGUAGAAGAUGUGAAUGACAAUGCACCAACUUUCACUGGACAACUGCAGUUUACUGUGCUGGAACAAAGCAACACAGGUACCGUUGUAGGGAAGGUGAAUGCCAUAGACAAAGACGAGCUUGGUACAGACCACACUAAGAUCAGGUACUCCCUCCUCUCUGGGACCAAUCUGUUCUACAUCAACCCAGAGACAGGAGUCAUCAGCACCAAAACAGACACUCUUGACAGAGAGGUGAACGACGAACAUUUAGUGACAGUGGAAAUCAGAGACAUGAAUGGCGCUCUGAAUGGUCUAUCAAACACGGCUACAGCCACAAUACUUGUGGGAGAUAUCAACGACAACCCUCCCACUUUUAAAAAGACAUCUUAUAAUGUGAGUGUUAUGGAGAACCAAGAGAAAGGCCUCAUCCUCAGAAUCCCUAUUGAAGACAAGGACUUAAUUAACACACCAAACUGGAACUCUGAGUUCAUCAUCACCAAGGGGAACGAAAAUGGGAACUUCCGGAUGGAAAGAGACCCAAAAACAAAUGAAGGACUAAUUUACCUAACAAAGCCUCUAGACUACGAGAAGACCAAGAACCUAAAGCUGGAUGUGAUGGCCCGUAACCAGGCUGAGCUGAGUGGGACCAAUGCCAAGUGGGUGUCCAUCCCUGUGGAUGUCACAGUGGGGGACGUGGACGAGGGACCAGAGUUCACUGCCCCCACCGUACGAUUUACUGUCCAGGAGAAUACUCCAAACGACACCCUGAUCGGAACAUAUACUGCUGUAGACCCAGAGACCAAGAGCAGCGCUGGCAUCAAGUAUUACAAGGUCUCAGACCCGGCUUCAUGGAUCAAUGUCGAUGAAAGCACUGGACAGCUGAAGAUCGCCAACACAAUCGACAGGGAGUCCCACUUCGUAGUGGAUGGUGUUUACAACGUCACUAUGAAAGCUGUGGAUGCCAGUCAGAAGACAGGUACAGGGACGGUGAUUAUUCAAGUGGAAGACAUGAACGACCACGUCCCAGAAAUCUUCUCUAAAGACCUGGUGUUGUGUGAGAAGGAUGGGGGAGAGAUGGGCUCUGUGUUGGUGGUAGCAGAAGACAAGGACCAAGCUCCCUUCUCCGCCCCCUUCAGCUUCAAACUGGGAGAGAAGCAUGAUGACAAAUGGGCUGUGAAGCCACUCAACAGCACUGCAGUGAUGUUGGCGCAAACUAAGGAGCUCCCCACCGGCCUAUACACUGUCCCCCUGAUGGUGGUGGACCUGCAGGGCUUUGGAAGUACCCAGACUGUGACGGUCCGGAUCUGCCGCUGCAGGAACGGAGCGUGUCUGGCCCAACAGAACUCCACAUCUUUGGGGGUGUGGGGCAUCCUGGCCAUGUUGCUCGGUCUGGCUUUGCUACUUCUACUCUGUAUCCUUUGUGCAUUCGUGUGUGUGACGAAGAAUGAGAAAAUGGAGCUGGAGGAUAUGGGAGACAGUGGUGGUAUCCUGCUGACGUCUAACAUUGAGGCCCUAGGGGAUGCAGUGGAUUCAAAUCUCAUCAUUGUUCCAAAGUCUGGGAUUGACCAUUCAGUGAAGGGAUCCAUGAUUGACAUGGGGUGGGCUGGAGCUAAGAACUUGGGUAAGAUGGGAGGAGACCUGGGCACUCAACAGCAGUCCGGCAGCAGCGUCAUUGUGACCGAAAUGCAGAACGGCUUCUCUGACCGAUACAACGGCAGUCAAUACGGUGGACAAAAUGGCGGUGGACAAUAUGGUGUAGAUCAAUAUGGUGGAGGACAAUAUACCAGUGGCAAUAUGACUUUUGACAACACACGUUUCAUGAAGUUCAACUGGCAAACCAACGGGCUGUUUCUACAACAGAAGUUGGCUUACCUAGGGACGGAAGAGGAGGGACGGUACGCCGAUGACAUCAUCCACGCGUACGGCUUCGAGGGGGUGGGGUCUCCAGCUGGCUCGGUGGGCUGCUGCAGUGACCAAGUCAACCCGGAAGACCUGGACUUCCUGAACACACUGGGGCCAAAGUUCAAGGUGUUAGCUGAGGUCUGCACUAACAAAUGAACCAGGAAGAUCUAUUGCAAUAUUGUUUUUACUACAGAAAGUGUUCUCUCAUGUUUGUUUUUUGUUGAUAAUUAUGAAUUAUCAGAGGGUUGGCAUGCUAUUAUUAUCAAGGGUGAUACAAAACAUUGAGUCAGUCAUCACACUGAAUUGCUCAAACUUUUUGUUGGUUCGAGCCUUUUUGCACUGGAAAGUACUAUGUAUUGUAAAUAGUGUACAUUUAGUGAUUUAAGUGCCAAAGAUAAGAUUUUUUUUUUGUAAAUUGUGGUAAAAGUUUCAGUGUUGUAGAAUCAAAUGUUUGUUUAUGAGAUGCUGUAAAAACAGUACUUGAAUGUUAGAUUAGAUGAGAUUUUUCUAAUUACCUAUGAACUGAAUGGGGUACAAACAUUACUAAAUAAAGUCUAUAUUUCUCUUUCAAUGUUGGAUAACCUGAACAAUUAUGCCUUGCACUUAUCGUCCUAGCUAUAUUUUGUACCAUUGUACGUUCUGUACAAGUCAACACAUGAUAAUGAAAUAAGUAGAGUGAAUAUGACCAUCUAAAGUAGACUGUAUGUAAUCCAAUCAUUUUUUCAAGACUGUUUGUGUGAGAUUCUAAAUGGCAUUUCUCAUCACUUUUUAGCCAUCAAAGAGUAAAACUGCCUUGUCGAUUAGGCUACAUUGGGGCUUCCAUGUUGAAUUUGUCACACAAUUCAAUUGUCCGUCCAAUUCAUUUUAUUCUUAUGGUUGAUUGGUGGCAGAAAAAGCCUUGUGUUUAGACUAGAAUAGAAUGUUCUGGGUACUUCUGUUUACAUUUAAAAUUGGCCAAAAAUAACAGUACCAGUCAAUAGUUUGGACACCUACUCAUUCAAGGUUUUUUUUCUUUAUUUUUUAAAACUAUUUUCUACAUUGUAGAAUAAUAGUGAAGACAUCAAAACUAUGAAAUAACACAUAUGGAAUCAUGUAGUAACCAUAAAAGUGUUAAACAAAUACUUCAAAGUAACCACCCUUUUGCCUUGACAGCUUUGCACACUCUUAGCAUUCUCUCAACCAGCUUCAUGAGGAUUGCUUUCCCUACAGUCUUGAUUGAGUUCCCACAUAUGUUGAGCACUUGUUGGCUGCUGUUCCUUCACUCUGCGGUCCAACUCAUCCCAAACCAUCUCAAUUGGUCUGAGGUCGGGUGAUUGUGGAGGCCAGGUCAACUGAUGCAGCACUCCAUCACUCUCCUUUGUCAAAUAGUCCUUACACAGCCUGGAGGUGUGUUUUGGGUCAUUUUCCUGUUGAAAAACAAAUGACAGUCCCACUAAGCGCAAACCAGAUGGGAUGCCGUAUCGCUGCAGAAUGCUGUGGUAGCCAUGCUGGACAAUGACCCAAAACGGCGCCUUGAAUUCUAAAUAAAAUACUGACAGUGUCACCAGAAAAGCACCCCCACACCAUCACACCUCCUCCUCCAUGCUUCACAGUGGGAAUCACACAUGUGGAGAUCAUCCUUUCAGCUACUCUGUGUCUCACAAAGACACAGCGGUUGGAACCAAAAAUCUGAAAUUGGACUCAUCAGACCAAAGGACAGAUUUCCACUGCUCUAAUGUCCAUUGCUUGUGUUUCUUGCCCCAACAAGUCUCUUCUUAUUAUUAAUGUCCUUUAGUAGUGGUUUCUUUACAGUAAUUUGACCAUGAAGGCCUGAUUCACGUAGUCUCCUCUGAACAGUUCAUGUUGAGAUGUGUCUGUUACUUGAACUCUGUGAAGCAUUUAUUUGGACAGCAAUCUGAGGUGCAGUUAACUCUAAUGAACGUAUCCUCUGCAGCAGAGGUAACUCUGGGUCUUUCUUUCCUGUGGCUGUCCUCAUAAGAGCCAGUUUCAUCACAGCGCUUGAUGGUUUUUCCGACUGCACUUCAAGAAACUUUCAAAGUUCUUGAAAUGUUCCGGAUUACCUGACCUUCAUGUCUUAAAGUAAUGACGGACUGUCGUUUCUCUUUGCUUUUUUGAGCUGUUCUUGCCAUAAUAUGGACUUGUUCUUUUACCAAAUAGGGCUAUCUUCUGUAUACCACCACUACCUUGCCACAACACAACCGAUUGGCUCAAACGCAUUAAGAAGGAAAGAAAUUCCACAAAUUAACUUUUAACAAGGCACACCUGCUAAUUGAAAUGCAUUCCAGGUGACUACCCCAUGAAGCUUAAGGUGGUUACUUUUAAGAAUCUCAAAUAUAAAAUAUUUUUGGUUUUGACAUUUGUUUAACACAUUUUUGGUUACUACAUGAUUUCAUAUGUGUUAUUUCAAAGUGUUGAUGUUCUUAUACAAUGUAGGAAAUAGUCAAAAUAAAGAAAAACCCUUGAAUCAGUCGGUGUGUCCAAAUUUUUGACUGGUACUGAAUAUUUUUCUUAAAUACGUUUCAACAUAUAUUAAGGAAUGUAUUUAAAAUGUACACUUUUUGAUUUUAUUGGUGGAUUUAUUAAAUCCACUUCAAUCAGUGUAGACGAACAGGAGUAGACAGGUUAAAGAAGGAUUUUUUACAUUGAAUGUGUAUAUGUUCCAUUCAGAGGGUGAAUGGGCAAGACAAAAUAUUUAAAUACCUUUGAACGGGGUACUGUAGUAGGUGAUAGGCAGACCGGUGUGAGUGUGUCAAGAACUGUAACACUGCUGAGUGUUUCAGUCUCAACAGUAUUCAUGUACAGUUGAAGUUGGAAGUUUACAUACACCGUAGCCAAAUAAACUGAGUUUAAAUGUU